AAGGAGCAAGGAGCGUGCGUGGGAGCCGGGCGAGCGCGGGGCUGCGGCGCAGCGGGACGGGACGGGACGGGACGGGACGGGAGGGCUCAGCUCUCCCCGCCACCAGCGUGCCGCACUCCUCCUUCAUGUCGGGGAAGCUGAAGAAGAGCAGGAAGGCGGUGCUGGGGGAGAAGCGGUGGCAGAGCCUGGAAGAGAGGGGCAGCGCGGGCACCCAGCCGGGGUCGCACCCCGCACUCACCAGGUCCAAAACCUACGACCCCUCCUGUAAGGAGACGGAGGAGGCUGAGGUGGCUGGAGGCCAGCACGGAUCCCUGUCCUCCUCGCUGAACAAGCGCAGCUCCAGCUUCCGCAAAGCCUUCGAGGAGAUCGCUGGGCGGGAAGCGCUGCUGGCCUGCUUCUCCUGCGCCUGGCAGCGAGAGGUGCCCUACCAUGGCCGCCUCUACGUCUCCUCCGGCCACGUCUGCUUCCACGCCAGCCUGCUGCUCAAGGACAUCAAGGCGGUCGUCCCCGUCACGUCCAUCUGCGCCCUCAAGAAGACCAACACGGCGCUGCUGGUGCCCAACGCGCUCAGCAUCCGCACGGCUGAGGGGGACAAGUUCCUCUUCGUGUCGCUGCGCCAGCGGGAGGCCACGUUCCAGCUCCUGAAGUCGCUCUGCAAACACCUGCAGGACAACGGCUGGAGCCCCCUGGCCUCUCCCCUCAACGGCAGCGCCGCGCAAAUCCUUAAGAAGCCUCUGACCUCAAGCCAGUCGGACCUGGAGGAGAGCGCUGCGGAGCCCAACAGCCUCCUGGAGCCGCCGGGUGAGCGGCUGCCCCCACACCCCGCCAGGCCCUCGCAGCCCCCCUCAGGCACCCAAACAGCCUCUUCUGGGACACCGGGGAGCGCAGGGGCCUCUCGGGGACCCCAGGGCCACCACCCGCACCCCGGGCACUCAAUGAACAUCCCCUGGUUGGGUGCAGAGGAGGCGAGCCAAGACAAGGAGGAGGCAGCGGCGACAGCAGAGGAUGCACCGGCUGUAGGCAGAGGGGAUCCCAGCCCAGCGCCCCGCGCCCGGACUGCUGCACCACUGAGCCCCUUCAGCACCAUCAUCCUCAUCUACCUGCUGCUGAUGGUGUCCCUGCUGCUGACCUCGGGGUACAUCGGGCUGCGCAUCCUGCAGCUGGAGCAGCAGCUGGCGGACGCAGGGGCUUGGCCAGACCUGGACCUGUUGCACCAGUGAGGGGGGGCAGCAGCCCCUCCAUCCCUGGCACAACGGGAACCCCCUCACCCUGCCUCCCCCAGGAGGGGCAAGAAGACGUGAGGCCAGCAGGGACCUGGUCGUCAGCAGCAGGGGUUGGGGGGCUCCAAGCCCGGGUGCCUUCCAGCCCCCAGAGGAGCCCCCGCAGGCCGUGGGGCUCCAUCUCGCUGCCCCCCCCACCCGCCCUGAGCUCCCUGCGUGGGCACAGGGGCACCGGCCUGGUGGGCAGAGGGGACCCGGGGGUGUGGCUGGAGUCAGCUCCCCGCAUGGGACAGCCACCCCAGGGGGGUGCCGACACUGGGGGGCCCAUUGCAGGGCAGGUGGGGACAACGGGACCAAACUAUUUAAUUAAUAAAGAGGUGAGGGGGUGCUGCCUGCGCUGCGGGGGCCCCACCUCACCCCACCCCGUGACAAUGCUGCCUUAUUCCUUGGGAUGGGCCCAGGGACGCUGCGAGGCUCUCCCCUAACCCCAGAGACGUUUUGGGGUGGGGUACAGGCAGCAUCCAGUGUUGAGCCACAGGCCUGGCCCCGACGACCCCCGCUCAGCACCCCCCAUCCCCACAAAGAACCGGGACAGCCCCAGGCGUUGUGCCCUUUACUGGCGGGUGGAGGGCUGGUGCUGGAGGAGGCUCCAGGUGCGGACAUCGCGGGCAGUGCAGGGGGGGCGGCAGCAGGACAGCAGGGGGACGUACCCCGGGCUGCCCCCCAGCGCCCUGGGGCUCUGGCUGCGGGUGGCAA